AUUAUUCUGAGGUUACCUUUCAUUCUGCAAAUCGUGCAAGACAACAUUAGCUCUGAUCUUAGCAGCAACUAACCACUUCCUUUUUUUAUCAGCUCCUCCUCCUCAGAAAUAUAAAGUUGGGGGUGAAGAUGAGGCCUGUUUCACUCUCUCACUGUCGGCCAUGAUAUUACAACUGAACCAAACAGCGCUGCUCUUCAUUCAGCUGUUAGUGAUGCUGCGUGUCUUUGCAGUGAAGCCUGAAGAAAACAACAGAGUUAUGUUGGCAUUCAGAGGAGAUCCAGUGACGCUGACUUGUAACAUAUCUGAGAAAAAUGCAUCACAAAUCUCCUGGACAAACAGCAGAUCUGUUUUUCAAUAUUCUAUCCAGCUGAAUCGCACUUUUUCAAAUUUUUCAUCUAACAGACUAAAAAUAACUCCCGAGUUACCUACAAAGCUAAUUAUUGUUAGUGCUCAACCUGAGGAUGAAGGACUUUAUACAUGUAGCAUAACUGACCUAGAUGGCCUACACACCAUUACAUGGAAUUUAACUGUGUCUGAGAACCCAGAAGAAUCGAUUUCAUCAAAGUAUUUUACAUUCAUACUUCCAUCUGCAAUUGGAUUCCUUCUGUGUGGCAUCACACUGGCUGUCUUCUUCUACAGAAAAAUGAUGAUGAGGACACUGAAUCAGGAUCCAGUCCAGGAUCAGUUUCCCCCUCAUUCAGGAGAAGAGGCAGCACACUCACAACCACAGGGUGGCACUGCUCUUUGUACAAACAACAAACGGAGCAGUCAGUAUAUGGAGAGGCUGAAUUUAAUCUAUGGUCACUUCUGAGCUGAUGAUUCUUCCAGUUACACAGAGACAUGGACGUUUUUCAACUUCAGAGGGACGACAACACGGCUACUAUAGCCUCUUCAGCUCAGAAACACAGCUCUGGCUGUGAGCACAGCCAACCACUCCCAUUCAAUCCCUUUGUUCACAAGGAGCAGCCAGCUAGAAGAAAUUUUGAAUUCAAGGACUUAGAGCUGGGCGAUAGAACGAUAACGAUAUGUAUUGCGAAAUAACUUUUUCUCGAUAGAAAAAAUUAAACUAUUGCAAUAGACCUCAUCUCUCUUGUCCUCUUAAAAAAAAAACGCCAAUCCAAAUUAAGUAGCGCAGAGCCGAACCAAUCACAGCCACAGCGUCACGUCGCGUGACUUGUUACGUGCAGCACAAGUCUCAAGGCGCACAUGUGUAUUUGUUUGGGAAGCAGCUAGCCAGGCUGCCCAGGUAAUAAAGGAAGUGAGUGUGCCGACUAGAGAAAAAUCAACCGAGAGCGUGACCGAAGGGUUACCGAAGAAAAAACCGAUGAUGGUUCCAGUGCCGGAGAGCUUGUCGAACGGAAGGGCCACAGA